AGUGCACACGAAAACGUAGUGAUCACUUUAUAAAGAGUGUGGUCUCCAUAGAUAAAGGGAACCAUACUCUUGUGUGGUGAUCUUCGUCUUUUCGGUGUACUUAAUUGUCAAAUUGCCUCUUUCGUACUAAUUAGACUUUCGAGUCAUAGGAAUAUCCUAUUUCGUAAACUUGUAUAUAUAGAAGGAUUGACAUAUUGUAGUCCACUAAGUUGCAUGUAGUUGAAGAAAAUUAAAUCAAGCUCAUCAUUGCAUCAUUUAGAAAUGACAAUGGAUGAAAAGAAACCAUAUUUGGCUGUCCUUCUGGUUCAGGCCAUAUAUACUGUAAUGUUUUUGCUCUCCAAGGCUGCGUUCAAUGUCGGCAUGAACACUUUCGUGUUCGUCUUCUAUAGACAAGCUGCUGCCACAGUUUUCUUAGCCCCUCUUGCAUAUUUUUUUGAAAGGAAAAACGCGCCACCGUUACCAUUGGUGACCCUCUGCAAGAUCUUUAUGCUCUCUCUGUUUGGGAUUACUUUGAGCUUGAAUUUCUAUGGUGUGGCUCUUACAUAUACAUCUGCAAGUUUGGCUGCUGCAACUACAAACUGCCUUCCGGUUAUAACUUUCUUCCUUGCAGUUCUAUUCAGAAUGGAAACUUUGAAGUUGAAGACAACCCCUGGCAUCGCAAAGAUUGCAGGCAUAACAAUCUGCAUGGCAGGAGCAGCAGCCAUUGCCUUCUAUAGGGGCCCCACUUUGAAACUGUUGCUACAUCACCACCUCUUGGGACACACUCACACCCAACAACCUCAACUUCAUGUUCUCCCCACCAAAACAUGGAAAACUGGUUGCUUUCUCAUGUUCCUUUCCAACUUCUUCUGGUGUUUCUGGCUUGUAUUGCAGGGUGGAGUUAUGAAAAGCUACCCGUCGAAGCUUCUCUUAACAACACUUCAGUGUUUUUUGAGCUCAAUUCAAUCAUUUGUGAUUGCCAUUGCUUUGGUAAGAGACCCUCAUGAAUGGCAGCUGGGAUGGAAUGUCAAACUCCUAUCUGUAGCUUAUUGUGGAAUUGUGGUGACUGGUGUUACAUACUAUUUGCAAGCAUGGGUGAUUGAGAAGAAGGGGCCAGUGUUCCUAGCCAUGUCGACGCCGUUGGCUCUGGUUUUUACAAUCUUCAGUUCAGCAUUCCUCCUAGGGGAGAUUAUUAGUUUGGGAAGUGUUUUAGGAGGAAUUUUGUUGGUUGGAGGACUUUACAGUGUAUUGUGGGGAAAGAAUAAAGAGCAGAAGAUGGAUGAUGAUGGCAUUUGUUUAACAGGUGAUGAAGCCGAGAAAGAAUGUGCAGAAUCAAAAGGAUCAAUGGAAACCAAGAGUGACCCAAUAAUGUUGGUAUAGAAUAAACAUGUUUUUGUGUUCAUCAUAUAUGCAAGCCCACGUCAUGAGAAUCUAUAGAAGAAGAUGUACGAUAAAUUAUUAGAUAGUCCUUGGUUACUUGGUUUAAUCCAAUCAAAUAUUUAUUUUUAAGAGUUUU